AGUACCCUCGUAUGCAUGGACAGCAUGGUUUACUUUCUACUUGUCGCCUCGAUUAUAUUUAGUCGAGCUCAGAAGGUCAACCCCCCAGCUGCGCUGACCUCCCGCACGUAUAAAAACCCGCGCGCGCGCGCUCGUGUUCGUUUCAUGUCGUGGGUGCACGCCGGAGUCCUGACCAAGCUGGCCAAGAACUCCAAGUCAGGAGCCCGUCGUAGCGCUGCGUGACGAUGAGCCGGGUGGCAGCCAGCGGUGGGGGAGGAGGGGUGGAGCGGUGGCGUCAGUACAGGGGCGUGCGGCGGCGGCGGUGGGGGAAGUGGGUGUCGGAGAUCCGGGUGCCUGGCACGCGGGAGCGCCUGUGGCUCGGCUCCUACGCCGCGCCAGAGGCCGCCGCCGUCGCGCACGACGCCGCGACCUGUCUCCUCCGCGGCCUCGCCGGCGCCGGCAGGCACCUCAACUUCCCGGAGCGCGCGGCCUGCUACUCUCAGCGCGGGCACGGGUCGCCCCUGUCGCCACGGUCCGUGCAGCGCGUGGCGUCCGACGCCGGCAUGGCCGCCGACGCGCAGCUCGUCGAGGCGCGGGAGCGCGCGUCGCCGCCGGCCGGUCAGGCCUCUGGUGCCGCUGCGCAAGGUGGUGAAGGUGCAGGAGAACAAUGGUCAUCUGGGCCGUACAGAGACGGUACUAUUACUGCGUAUCUGUGCACGCCGUGCGCCGGCGGGAGCAGAAGCUCGAGCGUCGGUAGUGAGCAACUUGUUUACGGUGAUAUUAGCGUAGACGAUAUGGAGAUCUUGAUGUAAUCAGACAGCAGAUGCAACAAAACAGAAUUACAGGAUCGAAAUUAGAAUGUUCCACGGACUAGUACUUCGGUGAGAACUUUUUUUUUAAUUUACUCUUGUUUUGACAAGGGAGGUGUUUAAAAAUGGACAAAAACGAAAAGUGUUCGUGUAUUUGAAAAGGAAGAAGGAAGUCCGUUGGUGGAGGAUGUGGAUGUAUGUUAGACCAUUCA